AUGCCCAGAGGGAUCUUCACGCUAGUGGCCCUACUAGGCGCGACUGCCGCCUCGGAUCUACUUCAAGGAUCCUUCAAUGGUCAGUCUUCACAUGCCAAACGUAACGAGACACGAGGUCCCAAGAGCCAUACCCUGCACAGCGAGCUUCACCAUGGCUCAAUGACGUCUUCACCCAGCGACCGGUCUGGUUCCUCGACAGCGCCUUCAUCCACUGAUUUGGCCACUACGAAAUACGUUCCAUACGGAUCUGUCCCAUUAGCAUCGCCGCCACCCAGAUCGCUGCUGCCAUCUGGCCGACCACGACCCUCCGCAAAUGGAACCUGUCAGGGCACCACCGUCAACAUUGUGGGCGCUUCACUCGAUUGGUGGUACACAGAGACGACAUAUACGCAAAUCGACUCCACCUUUCUCAUUCAAGUAGAUUCGAAUGAUUCCUCGACGGCAUGGACACUGCUCCCAGCAACAGAGUCCUUCGAUGUCACAUCUGCGGUAGCAAAGCCAUCAUGCACAUCGUCCACGGCCUUCAAUCCGAACGCCAAUGCAACCAUGCUACAGUACUCAUGCGUUGAUACACCGACUCCUGUUGCUGCAGCCACGACCACGGUCGAGCAAACCGCCUAUUUGCCGAUCAAUGCUACGACAUCUCGCGGUGCUAUCCCCAAUGUCGUAACAUCGCCAACCCCAGCUGCGAUUACCGUCGCCAACGCAAAUGGUAGUAGCACAUAUGCUGCAGRUACCCCUUUCGUACAUUUCAGUCAGUACGACUUGGUGAGCAAACGGCCAUUCCUCUACGGUGAUGGCAGGGUGGGCUGUGCGGAGACUACUCAAGUGCAUACCAUGUCAACGCCGGGAAGCUUCGAAUACACUGGCGGUGAUGUCAAUGGAAGCUUUGCUGCGAUAGCUGGCGAUGUUCAUCCUGAUGUCCUCAACAUCGUCGGCCAGCUGAAUGCUACGGCUGGAUCAUUCGUGGCAGAGCCGACAGUGGUUGUUGUCGUUCACAAGAUGCUGGCCGCGCAGAGAAUGUUCGCCAUGGUGGAACAGACAGCAGCAGAGCUCGAAACACCAGAGGCCACUCUGCCUCCGUCUCUCUCCACGGUCAGAGAGACGCCCACCGAAACGGGUGUCAUCUGGUCCCCCUUGGCGGUGCACAUCGAGUCGUCGCAAAGCUUUCUUGCUGUGCCAACAAGAGCAACCCCGACUUCACCAAAGGCUGCAGUUACCACAAAAGCGAUACCAGUCGUUGUGCCUUUCACGGCGCAUCUAGAAGGUCAAGAUCUCACACUAGCGAUGCCCAUGAAUCCGAAUGCGCCGCAAGCUGUAAUAACAGCAUUGUUCAAUGGCGUACCCGUGACAGCCACCGCUGUCAAGAACGGCUUCCCAACCCCGAAGCAACUCCAAGGUGGGAGCGGGAGUGGGUUCCAAAAUCCAGGACAUGCCGGCAAUGGUAACAUUGGACGUGUGCUCUCUGCCGCCAUCAAGGCGGCACAAGCAAGUAACUCUGCUUCGGGAGCAGUUCCCGAGACUAUUGGAGAUGUAAUCGCCUCAGCUAUUGGCCUAAGUGCGGAGGAUGGGGGUCGUGAAGAUAGCGGUGGCCCGAAUCAUGCAGUAAACACAAACGUGCUGACUUUCGGAUCAUCUCCACUGCCCUUCGCUGCGUUAAACGGACCCGAUGGACUGGCGCUCGUCAUUGGCGAUCAAACUAUUCUGCCUGGAGGAGGAGCUGUCAACAUCGAUGGCACUCGCAUCUCAAUUGCAGCAGAUGCAACUGCGGUAGUGGUUGGGCCUUCGACCAUUCACCUCGCUCCGACCGUCAACCCGGGAAUUGUUGCCAACAUUCCCCUCAUCACUCUGAGGUCCAAGACGUGGACAGCAAAUGCUGCUACUCAAUUCAACAUAGCUGGAACGUUCCUUACACCUGGAGGUACUGCAGUUGCCUUUGRGUCAACGAUGGAGUUGGGUCAAAGCGCCAGUAGGGUAGUGAUCAACGGAAAGACGCAAGACUUGUCUCCUCCGAUGAUAACUCCUGCGCCGCAUCUUACAUUCGGUGGGACGGUUUACCGACCAAAUUUGGACUCUACCUACAACAUUGGUUCGCAACUUCUCACUCGAGGAGGCCGAAUUGUCGCUUCAGGCACAACUAUCUCACUCGCGGCCGAUGGCUCGAGUGUUGUAGUGAAUGGGCUUGAGCAGCCUGUUGGUCCCGGCGGCUCAAAGCAGAAUAACUAUGCCACCAUUACCGCGCCUCCUGUUCUCCGUCUCGAUGGGGAGGCUUACGCGCCAAAUGGGGAGUCUUCAUACAUAAUCUCUGGGCAGACUCUCACACCUGGCGGAGUCAUUACCGUCAGUGGCUCGCAAGGAGUGGAAACCAUCUCACUGAACCUGGCCGCAAACAAAAUGAUCCGCACUGCGAAGGACUAUACCGUGACCUCUGCAAUCGGACUGAUUGGCGCCGCUCCUGGUGGGGCACCUAUCUUGACCGUCGAUGGCGAACUCUACUCUGCCCAGAACUAUGAGGUAGGCCGGGGAGCUACAUACAUAAUCGAUGGUCGAACGCUCACCCCAGACGGCAAGAUCACGAUCUCGGGUGCCGAUGGUCUGGAGACUAUAUCGCUUCUUGCAGAGGGUACUGCGAUACUCUCCGUGCACGCAGGAGUGACCACAACUUCGAGCAUUAGUGGGGCAUACGGCGUGAYGCCUACCAACGCUCCUAUUCUGACGAUUGCCGGCGAAACUUUCAUUGCAAUCAAUAACGGAGCUACAUACAUCAUCGAUGGGCAUACUCUGACGCCCGGUGGGGCUGAGAUGGUCACCAUCAACAACCGUGCCUACAUGUUGUCGCUGUCAUCCCACGCGACAAUGCUCGAAAUUGAGAUGCUGGGGGCGGAUGGCAAGGCCGUCAGUACGGUGUCAGAGACCCUUUUUCCUGCACAGAUGCCGAGCACCACAAUCUACAACACCGAAUCGAUUGCCACGACUGCAUCCCAAAGUGACGCCGCACCGUCAAGCGAGCCCGAAGAGCACGAGAGGCCCAAAAAAGGCACAUCGCCGAGUGUGACGCCCUUAUUUGGUGGUGUGUACGGCUUACUGGGUCUGACGGCGUGGAGCGUCUUCAUUUGA